UCAGGCUGACAAAAAUUCUUAUAAAAUGAGGACAAAAUUCAAUUUGAAUUAGUCGAGUGGACUCAUCGAUCAGCAAUGGUAGUAAAGAGAGUCGUGUUAUCCAGCUGUUCGUUACCAAGUCAAAUUUCACUUAUUAUCAUGGCUAACUACGUCACAAUGCUGCUGUUGGUUGUUGUUUCUUUGAUGGCUGGAGAGGCCGUGGGUGGACCGAUGGGAUCGUCUUCAUCCGGGUACUACACCACUCCGGCGUCCUACUACACCACUAAGGCUCCCGCGUACUACACAACGAAGAAGGCCGAGUAUUACACGACAACAUAUGCUGCCCCGAGCUACUACACCGAGCCUCCCAAGUACUACACGACCAAUUGGUAUUCAUCAGUCUGGAUCACAACGAAGAAGGCCGAGUAUUACACGACAACAAAUGCUGCCCCGAGCUACUACACCGAGCCUACCAAUUACUACACGACCAAAGCGCCGGAAUACUACACAACUACGUAUGCUGCUCCGACGUACUACACUGAAGCCCCAAAGUACUACUCGGCUCCAAGUUACUACGCAGAGGCCCCAGUUUAUUACUCUACGACAUACGCUCCUCCAAGUUACUACACCGAGUCACCCAAAUACUACACAACAAAGGCAACGGAGUAAUACUACACAACGACUUACGCUACACCAAGCUACUACACCGAGGCUCCUA